GCCAGCGGAAGGGGGAAAAGAUGCACGUAAUGAUGAAGCAACUGGUGAGCAUGGGGUUCCCCAACUCUCUGGCUGCUGAAGCUCUAAAGGCCGCCGGCGGCGACAUCGUCAAGGCCACCGACUGGAUUCUCAGCCGCAGCCAAACAACACCCAGUCCUCCUCAUCGUCAUACUGCUGAUACUGCAAUUGCUUUACAACCCCCUCAAAUUCACCACGAUAAUAGCCCUUCUCCUCCUCCUCUUUCUCCUGCUGCUGCCUCCUCCAAUUUCCAGCCCAAAAUCGAUCGCUUCUUUCACUUCCGUUGCAAAACUCAAACCCCAACGCCCGCUACUUCUUCUUCUUCUAAAUCCCAACUAUGCAAGGAGGAGGUGGUGCAGCAGCAGCAGCAUGAUCAUGCUGAUGAAGACGUUCUUGAUGAUGAUGACCAUCACUUACAGGGAGGGAAGAGGCCUAGGCUAAGCAGCUCCCCGCAAGAACGUGAUAAUUAUGGUAGUAAACAACAGCCCUCCUCCUCGCCGGUGGCAUUUCCACGUGAACCCUUGUCGGAGCUGAUGAGGCCAUCCACCCUUGACCAAGUGGUUGGCCAAGAACACCUUCUGGGCCCCAAUUCCGCCCUCCGCUCCGCCAUUCGACAUAGCCGCCUCCCUUCUAUUGUCCUCUGGGGACCACCCGGCACCGGCAAGACCUCCAUUGCCAGAGCCAUUGUCAGUUCUUGCUCUGAUGUCUACCGUUUUGUUCCCUUUUCAGCCGUGAAUUCGGGGGUCAAGGAGGUCAGAGACGCGGUGGAGGAGGCUAGAAAGUGGAAAUCAAAAAACUCCAAGAUCGAUAACAAUAGGAGGAUGAGGACUGUUCUUUUCAUUGACGAGGUUCACAGGUUCAACAAGGCCCAACAGGACUCUCUCCUACCGGUGAUUGAGGAUGGCAGCAUUGUUUUCAUAGGUGCUACCACUGAGAACCCAUCUUUCCAUUUGAUUACUCCAUUAUUGUCCCGUUGCACUGUGCUUGUCCUCAAUCCCCUCAAACCCCACCACAUUGCCACUCUCCUAAAGCGGGCCAUUUCCGAUUCCGAUAAGGGACUCUCAUCUUUCUCGAAAGUUCAAGUAGAGGAUGAAGCCAUUGAGUUCCUGGCAGCUCAUUGUGACGGAGAUGCAAGGGUGGCAUUGAACAAAUUGGAACUUUCGGCUACUACUGCAGCUACAGAGCGCUUUCAUCAGAAAAAAGGAGGUGGAGGAGGAGAAGGAUCGUUGGAUUCAGAUGUGCUUUCGAUCACUGUAAGUCAUGUCAAAGAGGCAAUGCAGUCUAAGCAUAUAGCUUAUGACAGGGACGGUGAAGAGCAUUACAACCUCAUCAGUGCGCUCCACAAGUCCAUGAGAGGGAGUGAUGCUGAUGCGUCAAUCUAUUGGUUGGCCAGGAUGCUGGAAGGAGGAGAACAGCCCCUGUACAUUGCACGUCGCCUCAUCAGAUUUGCCAGUGAAGAUGUAGGCUUGGCUGAUCCAUCUGCCCUUACUCAGGCUGUUGCUUGCUACCAAGCUUGUCACUUUAUUGGCAUGCCAGAGUGCAAUGUGGUUCUAGCGCAAUGCGUUGCCUACUUGGCUCUGGCUCCUAAAUCAAUUUCCGUCUACAGAGCAAUUCAAGAUGCACAGAAGGUAGCACGAGACUCUGUUGGGCAGAAUGAGGGGGUGCCGCUUCACCUAAGGAAUGCACCGACGAAGCUAAUGAAGGAGAUUGGAUAUGGGAAAGGCUAUGUCUAUCCUCCUGACAAUCCUAAAGCUUCAUCUCAGACCUAUAUGCCACCAUCACUUCAAGGUUAUAAAUUCCUUCACUGGCCAAAUGCUCCAGGGGCUGAUUGAUAUCAUGCGUUGGGUCUCCCACUAUAUUAUUCUUUCUUUGUGAGUUGGUUAGCACCAUAAUAUGGACUCAGUUGCACCAGUGUCGCAGUCAAGAUCCAAAAGGUUGUAUGUUCUAAUUUCCUUCAUGUGUAAAUGUCAUUCCCAACAAGGGACCUAACAGUGUGUAUUACGAUGACUUCAAAAUCAGCUGCUAAGCAACAAGAUGCUUUUGUCACAUAUUUUAUUAUUCUCCCUUAUUUUGUUGCUUGAAGUGCUCUUAGAACAAAAUUUUUUUUGUUAGGACUGAGGUCAGCAUGAAUACCAUUAGAUCUGCUACAAGAUCCCCUUCUUUUAGUUUUGUUCCUUAUAUUGUAGUUGUUUCUUUAACAAUCUUUCUGGGUAAAUUUUUGUGUUGCAUUGAGUCCACAGACUUACUUGUAAGAAAUUCUGGUGAUAUGUGAUGUUACAUUGCCAAAAAUGAUUAUAAUUUGUGAUAUCUACCUUGGC